CGUACCGCCAAACACGAUCGCGUUCUGCUCCCCCGCUCGACGUGCGUGCUCUCCUUCGCGCGCUAGUCCCCCCAAGUCCCGUCAAAACACCAGUCCGUCUCCUUAUGUCUCCCCGUUCCCCUAUCGUCGGCCCUUGUUCCUUUCACCCCCAACAUUAAGGGUUUGCAGUGAUCUAGCACGUGCGUCGUGCUUUGUUGACGUCGGUGAGUCAGGUGAUUCAAAUGAAUCUGGAUUAGGUUGGUGUGAAUUAACGAGGGAAAAAGUAUGUGAUGAAGGUGGUGUGAAUAUAGAACUAUGUAAUUUUUGAGAGAUGAUUUUUAAAAUUAUGUGAAAUUGGGGUGUGAGGAAUUGUAAGAUGUGACUAAUUGACUAAAAGUUAAUAAGAAAUAAAUUAAAGGAUGUUUUAAGGGAUCUUUGAUGGUCUGUGAGUUCUAUGAGUGAGUUUAAUGGCGCAGGAACAGAUUGCACAGGUGAUCGCUUUUAUUUGUGGUCUGAUCGUGAUAGUCCUGAUGAUCAUGGGCCUGGUGUCCACCGAUUGGCUGAUGGCCGCCGGAUGGCGCCAGGGUCUCUUCAUGCACUGCAUCGAAGAAAACGCUCCCGAGCCGCUGCCUUUCAACACUAGGGGGAGCGCGGGUUGUUACACAGCCAGGGACGUAGCAUACAUCAAAGCUUCGGCAGCUCUCUGCGUCAUAACGCUUUUGACAGACCUGGUAGCCACCGUUUUGACAGGUCUAGGACUUCGUACGAAAGACCACCACACCAAGUUCAAAUACUACAGGUUCGCUGUUAUAGUGAUGGGUCUAGCCCUGGCUUCUAUACUCAUAGCACUUAUUAUAUACCCCGUAUGUUUUGCGGCGGAACUAAACUUAGGCAACCGAACGAUAUGGGAGUUCGGCUGGGCGUACGGCGUGGGCUGGGGCGUGGCCAUUUUCCUCUUCAGCGGCGUGGUGUUGCUGAUGUGCGACAAGGAGAGCGAGGAGAUCUACUACAAGGAGCGGAAAAUCGUGCACGAAAACGAUUCGCGCGCCUAGUGGCCGCCUAGUCUGCCCGACGUUGUCCUCUGAUCGUAGGGGGUGGCGGACAAGCGCUCACCCUCUCCGUGAGAGCGGGACUGGUACGAACGAGAGAUUCUUGUGAGUCGACGUGAGAGUGAAUAUGCGAUAGAAAAAGGCGCUUUUUAGUUAUAUCUUGAUCUUUGUUACGAAGAGAAUAAAUUAAAACAUUGCCAUUUAAAGAAUUGAAAAUUAUAGGUCAUUGUCUUAGAGAAAGUGUUCUUGAAGCUCUCUAAAUAAAAUCGAAUUAAAAAUCUAAGCUUAAAGUGACCAGAGACCAGAGCGGAAUAUUUUAAGGGAUAGUUCAUUUGAACUACUCACUAUUAAUUUCGGAUCAUUUGAACUACUAUCCUUUAAACAUAGGAAACGUAUUUAAUGCUGUAUUUUAUUACAUUACGGUACAUUUGAACUAUUUCCCAUUAUAAUUAAUGGGACAUUUGACCUACUCGUUAAAAAUAAUAAAAAGAUUUAUAUGGAUAUUCUAUUCUUUAAAUGGUUAAAAGAAACCAGAUUCUUUAUUUCAUACAGAAAAAAAAUGUUGUUAAGUUUUGUUAAAACUGCAGAAUGUAGCAUUAAAUGAGCAUGAAAUAUGUACAACGAUCAAGAUACUAUAUUCUCCUAUAAAAGGUUAAUUAAUCAUUAAUCCUAUAAUAUGAUUAUCUUUACUUACAAAACUUUAAUAUUUCUUCCAAAAAAAAUAUACAACUGCAUUAUGUUCUUAAUAACUUUACAUAAUAAAUCUAAUACAUUUUAUCUAAAACCAAUGAAACUUUGACCAUUUUUCUAAAAAUUCGAGCGAAAUAAGAACGCAAAAACCAAACCUACAUGUUAAUACACGUCGAUUCUCAAGAAUAAAGUGUGAAUGUUGCUUGCCUGUAAUUGAAUGUUUACCUGGUCAGUUUGAUAUAAUGGAGACCAAUUUCUGUUUGUUCUGGAUUUAAUGUACAAAAUAGUUUUCGUAGGACGCUCUCCUGUAAUUAAUAAUUCAGCUUUAUUUUUGUAUAUUAUUUUUUUCCAAUUUUUAUGCGAAUAAAUGUGUAGUAAGUCGUUCGGACAAUGAAAACGCGUUAUUUAAACGAGUAGACAUUUGAACUACUCUUCAUUAAAACGAAGUAUAUGUACAAAUAUCGAAUAAAAGGGAUGGUUCACUUGAACUACUCACUAUCUAUGGCUAUUUAUUUGAACUGUUAUCUAAUAAUACUAGGAAACGUGUUUAUUGCUGUCUUUUAGUAGUGAUACGUUUGAACUACUUCCUUUUAUAUGGAUGGGUCAUUUGAACUACUCGUUUGAAAAAAUCGCGCUAUUAUUUUAGCGAAAGGUUGUUGAAACGAUGCGAUCUCCCGGUUUAGUUUUAGUACUAUAUCUCGUUCGGUUGUUCUUAAUUGAUUUUGAAUAAAAAUUUACGGUCAAACUGAUUAGAACGUUUUACUUUUACACUUGUUUUAGUUGCUCGAGGUUAUUAUAGUGCGACACUUGUUUAUUGUCGUCCAUUACUGUACAUUGUUCAUUCGAAAAUGUCGUGGCGCACUAUAAAAAUGCCGCACGGCCCAAUUUUGUACCGUUAUCAUUAUAUUUUUGAGGUUAAUCGGUUUCGACCACGUUUUUUUUUUCUGCGUAGUCGACACCGAUUUUACCAAGUGGAAUGAGUGACGUGAGUCUGAGAGGCAACCCGGGCAGGCUAGAUGUGUGGAGUUUAAUAUUUAAGUCUUAUCAUUUUGAUUGAAUACUGAAAAAAAUGUUUUAGUCGCUAUACGGGCGGUUUUAACCUUUUUUACAGACAUUUAAAUCAGAUUGUGUUGUAAAUAAACCAUUAUUAACAGGAAAAAAAUCUUAAAAACUGUCGUAUUGUGGCUUUAACAUCUUUUGAACUAUUUAGACCGUAAGUUAUCCAUGUUUAAGACAUAAUAUCGGACAGAAAUUGACAUAUUGGACAGAUCCGUCGUAUUACUCUCAAACAGAAAUAGAAUUAAUCAGAAAGGUUGCACGCUAUCUAGUAGACACGGACAAUACAACAAAACUAAAAUAUACAAUCAAUUCAAGAUAUCAUUUUUGACAGGUUUCAACAUUGAAUAAAAAGACUAAAGAAGGACUAUAUUAACAAAUAAUUCGAAAACGCGAAGGGGUUUCAAUAUGGCUGACUUGUAUUCCGGUUUACCAGUGGCGUUCGAAAUUUUUUAACAUUAAAAUUAUCCCAACCAACACAAGAAAAUGCGUUUAUUGCUGUAUUUCAGUAAUAAUACAUUUGAACUACUAUCCACUUAUAUGGACUGGUCAUUUGAACUACUCGUUUGUAACUAAUGCUAUUAUUUGUAUUAUAAACGUUGCUAUUAUUUACGGAUUGACUUUUUGGUUAAAAAACUGACUUUUUUUGUUUGAGAGGAACAUGCAUGUUUUUUUUUUUGAUAGAUGAUCCUGAAAAAGAGGAAUUACUUCUGUUAUAGAUUGUAAGGACUUAGGCUAUAUUUAUCGUAUAAAUGUAAUUAUAAAUAUUUGUAAUUAGUUAGGUUGUAAGUGAGAUGUCAUGGACCGACGGGCAUUUUUUAAUGAUAACGAUAGUUCUUUUGAAUAUACAAAAAAAUCAAAACAAACAAUAUUAUAUAUGGGACUUCCCCUUAACUUAAGGUAUUUUUUACAAAAAAGUGUCAAAACUUCCAGGGUAACAGCACACAAACAUAAUACGCCAUACGACCGAAAAAAAACGCCGUCACAGUGGCUUUUCAAAUAACAAUCAAUGAUAAAUUCUGUCGUGCGACCCUUAUAUAUUAUUUAUCACAAAUUGAUAUGGAUUUUUGUCAAAUUUUUUAUCAAUUUUUUUAUAGAGGUCCGCACGACAUAUUUUGUCAUCAAUUAUUGUCAUUAGACGGGCACUGUGACGUCGUUUUUUUUUUGAAAAUCUUACUACUUUCCAUUCACUCAGAACAUUUUUCUUGUUAUAGUUUUUAGGUACAUAUAAUUAUAACUAUGUAUAGUUAAACAUGAUAUGAACUAGCAUUUUGGUUUAAGUUUUUACAAUUCGCAGAUGAAUUAUUUUUCUUUUAAUUUCAGCCAAUUUAUAACAAUUUAAUAAAAAUAAAAUGAAUAAACUGACUGAAAAACUUGACAAGAAAAUAUAGUAAAGUUGAAACCAAAAUGUGACUUUAUAAGGUGUUUUAAUUAUAUUUAUUUAUUAUAAUAUUGUAUUUGCUUUAAUUCUAAGCAAGAAUUAAACUUAUUUUACUUGAAAUCAAGUAUCACUUUAGGAAUUUCUUGCGUACACUACAAUUUUACAAAUUAGGCUUUACCCACGAAAUUUUUGUGAUAAUUAUGUAGAACUCAUAAUUUUUAUUUUUUUUAUAAUGAAAAAGUAACUUUAAAUCAUGCAUAUCGUUAAUAUUCAUUUAUACAGGGUGAUUAAGUUUGUUAUAGCAUCAAAUUAGCAGUCCAUAAAAAAAUUUUUUAAAAAGUUCUCUUUUUAAAAUAAGUUUUUACUAUCAACUGUUAAAAGAAUUUGCUACAAAAAAUAUAUCACCCUGUAUUCAACAAUAUAUACUCAGAAGAGGUCUUAUGUAAUCUAGUCGCCAUAAAAGUAUUUUGUUUUUGUUGAAUUUUUCACAUAGGGCAGCUAUAUUGUUCCAACAAAAGAAUACGGAAAAGGUUGGAGAAAACUGGACCAAAUUUCCUUUAAUUUUUUAGUUGUUUAGCGUUUAUAAUAGAACACAAAUUGAUCCGUCUUCAGUUAUAUUUUUAAUGAGAGGGAAAAACUGUAUAAAAAGAAUAACAAUUAGAUUAUAUUGUAACUAUUAUUGCAUUUAAAAGGGAAAAAUUAAAGAACGUAGCAAUGUGAUAUAAUAGCUUGAUAUGUAUAUAAUUAUUAAAUGUACACGCCUGUAGAAUCUACAAAAUAAUUUAUUAGUAUUAUCCCUAGUGGUUUUUUAUUUAUUUACCAAACUAAAAAGAAUAAAUAAAAUCAUUUGUUGGUAUCAGAGAUGUAGAGGUAGGGAAAGAAUCAGUAUAAACGUGCGUAGAAAAAGUUUUGGUUUAUUUCAAAUAAAGACUACACGGGAAAAACCAGAUAUGUCACAUUUUCAUAGAAACUAAGCACAACUUUAUAGGUAGAUAGUCCCAGAGAUAUUACAGCUUGGUUAUUUUGCCGUACAAGGGAAAAACCAGAGUAGUCCACGCGUAAAUGGCAAAAACCAGAGAUGUCCUUACGUUUGGGCGACCAGCAUGCAUCUUGCGGUCUGUAUUAAAUGUAAUGAUCA